AUGCAAGUAGUCCAGCUUAACCUAAAUCACUGUGCAGCUGCGCAUGACCUUCUUCAGCAAGCAGUUCGAGAUGAUAGCGCUGACGUAGCUAUCUUAACAGGCUCAGUCUGGGCAGCGGAUACUACUGGCAAGGCAGCAAUCUGGGUGUGCGGCAAAUCACCGUUGCAGUUCGGACACGAGCAUGCUGCACGUGGAUUUGUGCGAGCAAAAAUUGGCGGUACAUGGGUCUAUAGCGUGUAUCUGGCCCCCAGUCUUUCUCUGGAGGAUUACGGGCGCAUCCUGGAUGAACUCGCAGCUGAUGCUAUAGGCCGCUCCCCAUUAAUUGUCGGCGGCGACUUCAAUGCAUGGACAAUGGAAUGGGGCAGUCCCUGCACAAAUGCGAGAGGCUCUAUUGUGACGGAAACGUUCCAAAUGCUGGAUCUAAUCCUCUUGAACGAGGGCACGCAGCAGACUUUCUGUAGAGCUGGCGUGGGGUCCAUAGUCGACCUGACUUAUGUGUGCAGCGCGCUGUCGCCAUCGGCACAUUGGCGCUUGAGCGACGCCUACACAGCUAGCGUCCACCGUGCCAUUCUGUGCGAAGUUGGCGGACGGCGCCCCAACAAUGCAGGUGCUCCAUCAAGAUGGGUUAACUUUAACGCGGAUAAAAUGGAUGUGCUGCGCUUCAGCGCUCGCAUGCAGAGUAUGGAAGCGGCAGGAAGCGCUGAGCAGAUGGCUACGACAGCAUUGCAUGCGGUAGCGCAAGCAUGCAAAGAUACGAUGCCCCUCAGAAGACCAUCCACCCGCCACCAUCUGCCAGUGUACUGGUGGAAUGAGGAAAUCGCCACCGCCAGGCGGGAAUGCAACCGCGAGAGAAGAUGCUACCAGCGAUUGCGAGGCAGAUCGUCCUUCACAUUGUGGCAGCGCGAAUACAAGGAGAGGCGAAAAGCUCUGAAACAUGCCAUCAAGGCGAGCAAACGCAAAUGCUUCACCGAGCUUUGUGAGAGUGUGGAGAGCGACCCAUGGGGUAAGGCGUAUCAACUGGUCACGAAAAAGAUCUCGAUGCACAAAGCGUCUAUGCCACCGGAUGAUGUGAUGCACAGCAUUGUCCGAGAGCUGUUUCCGACUACAGUUGGUGAGACGGUGCGAAAUCUGGAUGUCGCCACAUCCAAUAACAGCCGGCAAUUGAGUUGGUUACCAGUGCCGAGAUAA